UCCUCCGGUGGAGCUUGACUAUUUACAACAAUAUAGUGUGAAAGCCUAUCUGACGCUGCCGUGCACCACAGACAGGCAGACCGGGAGUCGCACCGUCGGUAGGACAGCUUUUGUAUUUUAUUUCCUCCAGAGUACGAUGCGUGUCGCUUCCUUCGGGACUUCAUUUGUGCGUUUUCCCCAUUAUGUUGGCAAGUGAUCUCCGUCUGCUCUGUCCACUGCAGUGGUGCGCAGCUUCGCCUGGGGAAACACCUGUGCGCCUCUCCUCCCCAGCGGCCACAGCCAUGAAUGUUGAGUAGAGAACAGAUUACCCCAAGGCGCGGUGUCUGUCUGCAUUUGUCUGAGAGAACGAGAGAGGGAGCAGCACAAAUACCGCACAGCCAGACGCCAUGCGAGGAGAACGCAUCCCUCACUGCAGAGUGCUGAAAUGUUAGCACAGAAGAGCGAGUGUGUCAGAUCAAAUCAGCAGACUGUUUACACUCGGGGGGGGAUACGAGCUGCCUGACACCAGACCCACUAACGCCCUGUGUGCAGUUUAAGGCCCCUUUCAGUUGCGAUCAAGAAAAGACGUGUUAACACUUCCAUCAGCACUUUUUGUUACCCCUCACGUCAGAUUCAGCAAUCCAGAAGCGAGCCGAGAUGGAGUGGUCGCUGGAGAGUGUGAGGGAGAUGGUGGCUGGAGGGAUGCAGUCUGUGAGGGAGUGUGAGAUCUGUGCUCUGGCCAUAGCCAUGUGCGUGCUGCUGCUGUUCAUGUGGUAUUGUUACAGGGUUGGCCGGGAGCACGGCUCAAGCCCCCUGCGUGGGAGGUAUCUGGCCGGGCCUGGCCGGAUUGGAGGCGUUGUGGGGGGCUUCAUGAAUACAGACUGUCGUGGCAGGGGCAAAGGGAAACUCGGAUCAUUGCUGGAAGAGCAGAACGGCUUCGCUUUCUGCCAGUCGUCCGAUUGUUUCCGCUGCACCAGUGCCGGGGAAAGCCUGAACCAGAGGCUCUACCACAGCCUGCAGGAUUACGCCAAGCGCUACACCUGGUCAGGUAUGGGCAGGGUGCACAAAGGAGUCCGCGAUCAAGGCCGCUACCUAAACAGCAGACCAACCAUCCAGCGGCCGGAGGUCUUCUUUCUGCCCGACCUGCCGUCAGCGCCUUUCUUCUCCAGGGAGAUACAGAGGCAUGACGUGGAGCUGCUGGAGCAGAGCUUCCCCGCCCUUCUGGCUGAGUUUGAGAGCAUCUACCACCAGCCUCCGGCCCGCAGCGGCUCCUCUCUCCCGCCGGGGUGGAAGGUCAACAGCACUCCCCGCGGGCAGUGGUGGACCUACUACCUAGUCAACCAAGGCACCCCUCUGGUUCUUAAUGUGAGGAGAUGUCCACGGGCGUGGAGGGUGCUGGGACAGCUGCGCACCUUCAUCGCCAACAACGUGUUCGGCAACGCCUGCUUCUCUGUGCUGACGCCCGGAGCUCUGAUCACUGAGCAUUAUGGUCCGACAAAUGUCAGGCUGCGCUGCCACCUGGGUCUCAGAGUUCCCCCUUCCUGUGAGCUUGUGGUCGGUGGAGAGCCACAGUGCUGGUCCGAGGGCAGCUGUCUGCUUUUUGACGACUCCUUCCUCCACAGAGCCUUUCAUGAGGGCGGUGAAGAGGAUGGCCCCAGGGUGGUCUUCAUGGUGGACCUGUGGCACCCCAACGUGGCCGCUGCUGAGAGACAAGCCCUGGACUACAUUUUUACUCCUGGCCGCUUAGAGGACAGGGAAGGGAAAUAGGUGUGAGUGAGAAACCAUGUCCAAGCGAGAGACGGAUGGCCUUUAGAGAGGUGUCUGUAGGAUUGGGGAGCAACUCGUCUUUUUCUUGCUCUCUCUGCCUCCAGACCAGCUCUCACUUUCACUGUGUACAUAUACAGUAUCGGUCGUAGCUCUUCUUAGCAGAUGACGAAACUUUGGGCCUCUUUUAUCAAUCAUGCUCAUGUUUUUGCCUGUAGACUGAAAGACAGCCAUACGGGAAAGUACUUCAAACCUUAGCAGGUGCACGAUUGUUUACGCAAACAUUUUACUUGAGUGUAUUAAAACCAUAGCAGAGACAUGUGAGGUUUUCUCUUUCAUUGCUGUUUGUUAGUGAGCAGGAUUACACAAAAACUACAGUUGUGGAGGGGUGGGAAAUUACCUUUGGAGCAGAAACAGAUGAUGCUCCGCAGUUUCUACGGACUUUAUCCGCCUGGCCUCCAUAGAAUCCGAUACGUAGAAGCCACCCACAAAGAUGUCAAAGAGUUUGUGGUGGUAAAAGCUGACGAAUGUAUCGUAAACAUGAUCAAGAGAGCUCUGCAGCGGCGUUAAUACGUCACUUCUGCCUCUGCUAGCUGCACCCGGCUGCUCCACCUCUCGUAAAUAAAAGGGGGGAUUUGAUGCUGUUGUGAACGUUGAGGACCUCCCACUGUGGUUGUGCAUGUGUGAAAGAGAGACCAGGGUUAACCUCCGUAGCCAGUUCUCUGGAUUUUAUCCUCAGUGAAUGAAAACAGUUAAGGAGAUCCAUAAGGCCAACCUGCUCUAUUCGCUUUACAUGAACUGCAGUCGCUGGGCAAGCCUUUAUGUGCCGCGACCUCCUCCCAGGCAUCAGGACACACAAAUCACAACGGCACAUGACUUGACUACACUAAACAUCUAACACAUGCUAUGGUUUAUUUUACUCUGACUUAUCUAGGUACACCCACAUAUACAUUUCUGCAAGGGCUAAGAUAUUUGAUCAUUUAACUUUUUACAUGACUCAACAUAUCCAGUCCCACUCCAGCUUAUCAUUUUGUGGGUUUGAAUAUUUUCAUUUCAGAACAGACGCACAACAAACCUUUGACUUUUGCCUGCUUGCAGAAUGUAUAUUUUAGUGAUUGUAGCUUUCAUAAUGUAUUUGUGUUAAAGUAACACUGAAGUUGAGGAAGCACUCGUAGACCACUGGUUCGUUCACUGACAGACGGGUACAGGAUGAUUCAAUAAAUCAAUGAAGGGCGUUUGUUUCAGUCAAAUUUGGAUCUUGGUUUGCGACAGGGUGCACAGUUUGGGAUUUUAAUAACAUCCUGACAAAACUGGCGACUGCAGAUAGAUCUAUGACAUGUUCCUGUGUUAAUCAUUAUUAAGGCAAACCGAUUUUAUCCACAUGUGGUUUGAUAUUUGAGGUCCAAUGUCAGUCGCGACAUGAAUGUUUACAGACAGUCUCUGUCUCGACGACUCCUGCUGGUGUGGUAGUUAAUUGUGCUCCUCUCUGGAAAAGUCCGCCCUGCUUUCUCAAGACACGGUUAGAGAAGCACAUUUUUAGGUCCAACUGUGUGAGUCGGCCUGUGCUGUGUCACUGGAUAUGAAGUGUUUUUGGUAAAUUUACUAAACUCUUGUAAUUUGCUUGUAUUUGAUAUCAGGUUUGUAUUUCUGUAAAUAGGGUUGAGUUUAAAAAGAAAACAACAACAACUGAACAGUCUGAUGAUGUUUUAAAAUGAUUGUCUUCAAUGCUAUAACUAUUGUGUUGUCUUGAUUUUACAGCUGAAGUGAUGGCAAUUUCAUUCUCCGUUCUCAAAGAGCCAACCAUGAGAUCAUUUUGAUAGAUUGAAUUUGUAGAUUCUGUAAAAAUGUUUAUGAAGUAUUAUCUCCGUUGUUCUGUGACGUUUUUUUAUUUUAGUCAUUUUUGCAGCGCCACACGUUGCCCAUUGUUAAAGCCACAACCCUGGAUUCUACGAUAGCACUUCAUGGGCGUUCGUGCACAGUGUGGAAAGGUAGCGAAAAUUCCUCUUCAGCAUCUUCACAAGUCCAACUGCAAUUCAAGAUAAUCAUGGAGUCAACUCCAAUGUUUACAGAAGUAUGAUCAUUUUCAAGUUGUUUACGACAUCGGACGACACCGACACUCACAUUGAGCUGUCCAUAACUACUGUAGAUUUGAAAUGAAGAGUGCUUUAAAUCCACUUAAGACAAUGAAAUCUGUCAUUCCGAAGCAUUUGCUUUACAGUAUAAGAUGGGGCAACCAUAUUGUUUACAUUUGGAUUAAAGAUUUGUGCUUUAACACAGUCUUGUGUGGAUUUUGAACAGUAUUUCUGUACAUUUAAUAAAUGGUAUCUUAUCUAAC